AUGGCUGAAUCCUUGCCCCCUACACAAAGUCCCGGCUUCAACACACCAUGCCAUAAGCCUCAAGAAUCAUCAGUAGACUUGAAUCUUAUAGUAAUCAUAGCAGCUAUCAUAUGUGCUUUUCUUUGCGCUCUUGGCCUCAAUUCCAUGCUUCACUGUAUCCUUCAAUGCACGCUGCGCGCACUAACAGAACCAAUUGGCUGGGUAGCAUCACGUAUAGUGAACGCAGGCCUAAAAAAGAAAGACAUGGUAACCUUGCCGAUUUCUGUUUAUGCAGGCUUAAGUUCACCAUCGACGGUUUCAAGCUGUGCAAUUUGUUUAAUGGACUUCUCUGAUGGUGACAGAAUUCGAAUUCUCCCAGAAUGCAACCAUCGGUUCCAUCUUGAUUGUAUCGAUAAAUGGCUCCUCUCUCAUUCUUCCUGCCCUACUUGCAGGCUUCACCUUAACUCCAACAACUGUGUUUCUUGUUUACAGAUUUCAACAGCAAUUUGA